AAAUGGACCGAGGAGAAAAAUAUGGACCAUCUAGGACAGCAUGUGUCGUUAAGCCUAGGACGGGACAUAAUGGCCAUUGUAGCCACAAGCCGGUCUUGGAAGGAGACCCGGGAUGUGAUGACGAGGAAGUACCUAGCGGCAGAGAAAAUGGCAACGGAGACCGACCUAGCGGCGGUUUACAGGAAGAACUUCGCAACGUACAAUGAUUUCCUACGGGAGUUUACUCUGGUAGCACUAAGGAUCCCCGGGGUCAUGGACCGGAUAAUGAGCAAAUAUUUCCUCAGGCAGUUCUCCGAGUUUGACAAAGACAAGAUCCUGUCAGCCUACCAACAGACGAGCAAGUUCGUAAACACUCGGGACAUUGAUUUUAGCACAGUAACGGAUCUGGCGAGGAAAACGGUAGUAACGGAGACGUUGGCCUUGCUCAAGGAAGGAGAGGUCAUAGAUCUGACCGGUAGGACGGGCGACAAGGUGAAGAAGGGGAUUGAAAAGAUGAUAGGCAUGCACUUGCACGAUGGCUCGUACAUGGUAGACAUAGAGGACCCUGUGACCGGCCGGGGAGAUCUCCUCCGCCUCCUUGGAAUGGGAGGAGACCCUCCAAAGGGGAAAUUGGCAACAUGGUCGUCGUCGUUCGAGGAUAGCACGCGAAAAGGAGCUUUCGCACGGAUAGAGGGUAUGAGAGAAAGGGUUGAAAUCAUGAUUGAGGAAGCAUUCAACAAGAAGAAAUGGAUCAAGAUGGGCCUGCCCCAAAAGAAGAGGAGGCAGGAGGACGAAGUCCUAGGUGUUAUGGUAGCGGAAAAGGAGUCAUGGGUCGAACUUGGUGCUAGCCUGCCCAAACGGAAAGAAGUACGCAUAGACGUGCCGAAAAUCGCAAUCGAAAUCCCCGAUCUAUUGCAACUCAUCAAGGCCCUCAGAUACCACAAGAUAGGAGUGGAUUCGGCAGCCUUGGCCAAGUUCGAAAGWGAGGUGCAAAAGGGAUAUUGCCUGAAUGGGAAACUGGGCUACCUAUUUGGGAGGCGGUUCAUCUUAAGGAUCGAUCCGACGAAUGUCGCAGAGGCUCUAAAGAAUUACAAGCCUAUAGAUCCGACGGUAGGGAGAUGGGUAGGAUUCAUCUGGCAGUUCGAUUACAAGAUCGGACGGAUUGCUGAAAUCCGCAACAAGGCAGAUGGGCUGAGUCGGGUUUGCAUCACUCCCGAAGGGAUGGAGGAUGCAGAGCCCAUAGACGCCUUCCUCGAAUACGAAGGAGGGACACUCGCGGUGGAUAACGAAAUGAUGAGCGAGGGAUGCACAUCGGGAGAACUAUUGAUCCAGACUUAAGAGAAGGGGGCACCUGCCGUAGUAGCAGAAUUUAGGGAAGGACCAGUUACCACUCGAGGACACAGGGAAGAAAAGGACUCAUAGGGAGCGAUAGUAGAACAAAAGGAGGAGCUAAUAGCAAUGGCGGUUGAAGGGGGCCGGGAAGCAGUGAUGAGCUGAGUGGAAUCUUGGGAAAGGAAAGAGUUGCAAUGGGUGGUAAAUCAGAUGCAAGAAGGAAAGGAUGGAGGCAAGGACGGGAGGGAGUUUUUCUAUGUCCAAUCAUACGAAGGACUCUUUCGGGAGAUCGGGUUGUUGUUGGUAGGAAACAAAUAACCUACGGAGGU